UUCACAUUAACAAAAUUCUACUUUGUCUGAGUGUGGUUGGCAACAAACAUGUUAACGAUGGCAAUUCAGCCAAACAUGGUUCCUACUCUGAAUCUGAAGCCUUUAACUUUUCCAUCUCUUCGACCCAUUAAAGCAUCACUCUUCACAAACCCAAAGCCCUUCUCCUCCUCACACUUAUUGAAAGCAACACCCACAAGUUUUAGGCUUUCAGCUUCUGCUGCUGUUGCUGAAGAUGCCCCUUCUUCUGAAUCCCCUCCUCCUCCCCCUCCCCUUCCCCAGACUGAGAAGCUUGGAGUGGUUGUGAAGCCAACAGAGAAGCCAAGACUUGUGUUGAAGUUCAUUUGGAUGGAGAAGAACAUUGGUAUUGCACUUGACCAAAUGAUACCUGGGCAUGGCACCAUUCCUCUCAGCCCUUAUUACUUCUGGCCUAGGAAAGAUGCUUGGGAAGAGCUCAAGGAGUUACUUGAGAGCAAGCCUUGGAUAUCUCAGAAGCAGAUGAUCAUUCUUCUCAAUCAAGCUACUGACAUCAUCAAUUUGUGGCAGCAGAGUGGUGGCAACUUGUCCUAAGCUCAAUUGAUUUACAGCAGGAUCAGCUUGAGACCUCUGUGGAUUCCAUCUUAUAGCAUGGUAAGAAGUGUGGGCUGUUUCUUCACUCAAGUGUUCCUGUGCUGUUGCUACAUCAGAACUGUUGUGAUCAUUAUUAUCAAUUAGGAAGCUCUUGGCUGAGCCUAACUCACCAAGCAUGUUGCCUCGUCUAUUUGUAUGUUCCUCCACGUGUUCCUUGGAAACUAACUCUGUAUUCCCUGAGGUUUUUGUAUCAUCU